UGCUUCUAUGGCAGGAAAUGUGGCUGACUCCCAGCCUUGAAGGCUGCCCAUGGCUGCAGGCAUCCAUCACCCUCUCCUUCCCCUUGCAGACAUGGACGAAUGUCUGGACCCCAGAAUCUGUAAAAGCCACAAGUGUGUCAACACCCACGGCAGCUACACCUGCACGUGCCCACCAGGAUUUGAGCUCAACCCAGAGGACCCGAAGCUGUGCACAGAUGUGAAUGAAUGUACCUCAGGGCAAAAACCCUGCCACAAAACCACCCACUGCCUCAACAAUGUGGACAGCUAUGAGUGCCGCUGCCGCCCGGGCUGGAAGCCGAUUCCUGGGUCCCCCAAUGGCCCACACAACACCGUCUGUGAAGCAGAGAUCUUCCCCACCAGGACCCUGCCCCCUGGAAUCAAGAGCCAGAGUCUCUCCAACUUCUUUGAAAAAGUCCAGGAACUGAGCAGAGACUUUACGUCUGCCUCGGCCCAGGACACCAUCCACAAAUUCAUCACGUCAUUGGAUGAGCUGGAAGUCCCUGGGGACCUGGAGGCCCUGGCCCUAUCUGACCGGUACCGCGUGGCCACCCACCUGCUCUCAUACCUCGAAGAAGUCCUGAGGAACCUGGCUAAGACCUUGCCUGGACCCUCCUUCACCUACCAUUCCCCUUUGGGCACAGAGCUGUCCCUGAUGAUCCAGGAGCGACGGAAUGGAAUCGUCACCCUGGGCCAGAGCCAUGCACGAAUGAAGCUGGACUGGACUCAGGCAGCUGGAGUCGGGGACUCAGGCCCCACUGUGGCAGGCAUAUUCUCCAGCCGAAAAAUGGAGACACUGCUGGUCAAUGCCUCCGUGGAGCUGGACCCUGAGAAGAAAGCCCAGCUGGAAGACACACAUGAAAGUUAUGUCAACAAAGCUCAGGCCAAGAUCCUCUCCACCGUCAACACGGUCUUUCUGAGCAACAAGAACACGGAGAAACUAGACCCUCCUGUCACCUUCUCCUUCUCCUACCGUCCGGAGGAGCUCAAUUCACGUCAGGAGCUAAUCUGUGCCUUCUGGAAGGGUAACGACAGUGGUGGGUCCUGGUCCACCACAGGCUGCAAGAAGCUGGGCAGCACGAAUAACAGCAUCACCUGCCAAUGCAGCCACCUGAGCAGUUUUGCCAUCCUCAUGGCCCACUACGACGUGGAGGACCUGAAGCUGGCCCUGAUCACCAAAGUGGGCCUGGCACUGUCGCUGGUCUGCCUGCUGCUGUGUAUCCUCACCUUCCUGCUGGUGCGGCCCAUCCAGGGCUCGCGCACCACCGUGCACCUGCACCUCUGCAUAUGCCUCUUCCUGGGCUCUGCCAUAUUUCUGGCCGGCAUAGAGAACGAAGGCAGCCAGGUGGGGCUGCGCUGCCGCCUGGUGGCCGGGCUGCUGCACUACUGCUUCCUGGCUGCCUUCUGCUGGAUGAGCCUAGAAGGCCUGGAGCUCUACUUCCUCGUGGUGCGUGUGUUCCAGGGUCAGGGCCUGAGCAAGCGCUGGCUCUACCUGAUCGGCUACGGCGUUCCCUUCCUCAUUGUGGCCAUCUCAGCGGCCGCCAGGCCCGAGGGCUAUGGCCGCGGUAUCUACUGCUGGCUGGACCGCAAGCACGGCUUCCUCUGGAGUUUCCUGGGACCUGUGACAUUCAUCAUUUUGUGCAAUGCUGUCAUCUUCGUGGUAACUGUCUGGAAGCUCACUCAGAAGUUCUCUGAGAUCAACCCAGACAUGAAGAAAUUAAAGAAGGCCAGGGUGCUGACCAUCACGGCCAUCGCACAGCUCUUGGUGUUGGGCUGCACGUGGGUCUUCGGCCUGUUCCUCUUCGACCCGAGGAGCCAGGUGCUGGCCUAUGCCUUCACCAUCCUCAACUGCUUGCAGGGCUUCUUCCUCUUCCUGCUGCACUGCCUGCUCAACAAAAAGGUGAGGGAGGAGUACCGGAAGUGGGCCUGCAUGGUCACUGGGAAUAAGUACUCGGACUUUGGCACGUCGACAGCCAGCACCAGCCAAAACCAGACUAGGGCCCUCAGGCCGUCGGAGUCUGGCAUGUGACUGCGAGGUUCUGGCCAGGCCAGCAGCUCCUGUGGCCUCAGCAGCUUUUGCACAUACUGAAGACUGUCCCCUCCUCUCUCACCACCUUGAUCCCUCUACUCUCCUGUCCCCAGAGAAGGGACAUCAACAGUUGUUCUCUGGCGCCAAACCCAGGAACACAGAGUGGAGUCGGACCUGAUGGACCUGCUUCUGGCUGCCUCUGCUGCACCCCAGCUGGCACCCAGGGUGGGCAGGAGCCGGACAGGGCUGCAGCCCCUUGCCCUGGUACCAACACCCAGACAGACAAGGCUCCUGGCCGCCCAAUCAUCUGACUUUGCUACAUAACAAGAGACCAGCGUGCUGGGGUUCUACUUUCCUGUUAAGCUAAGACUAAGCUCAAGGAUGGGAGAAAGGCAGGGCCCCUUCAGGCCCUGCGACUCACGGUACAGAGGCCAGUCUGCCUCCCGGACAGAGGGUUCUCAAUGUUUUGAAGGUCGUGGAUGUUGUGUAAUGUGUUGUUGUUUUUAAAAUCUGUAUAAAGUUUUCAAUGUUGACAUUUAAAAUUUAAUCUCACAUGUCUGUGAAAUGUGAAGAGACCAGUAAGAAACAAAUGGGCGGGGGCCAGGCUUCCAUAAUAAAAAUGUAUUCUUA